CCAGUGUUCUUGUCUGGCGAAUCACAGAGACGGUGGAGCCUGGUGGGCUGCCAUCUAUGGGGACGCACAGAGUCGGGCACGAUUGAAGCGACUUAGCAGCAGCAGCAAAGGCUUCUCCCACCACAGCGUCACCCCUCUGUGAUCCCUGAACAGUUCAUCAGUUUCCAAAACUUGUUAUCAAUCACUUGACCAUUAUGCCUGAAAGUCCAAGUAUUUUUACUCUGACUCCUUUGCCUGGAUUGAGUCUGUGUGUGUCACCAAGAACAGUCCCACACAGGAUGCAGAGCAAACGUCCCCAGUCUUUGAAUGAAUAAGGAAGGGAGAGCAAGGACAUUCUUGCUGUCCUUAAUCCCCAAAGGUUUCUCCAGAUGCCAGGGGGUGGGAUGCCCAGAGGACCAGGAAAGAACUCCCAUCACCCACUGCAGCUUAGGGCAUUUUUCCACAGAGAGCCCCUUCUGUGGACCCUACUCAGCCUGAGGCUAGGUGUUAAUAAGAAACCAGUGGCUGACGGUUAAUAAGAAACCAAGCUGCUCUGACAAGAGAUGGGACAGUUUGGGCUCUGUGUUCUUUACAUUUCUAUUCUACUCCCAGGAACAGGCUGUAAGGCAGCUUUAAGUUGAUUGCAUUAUGAUUGAAAUAUUUUUUAAAGUGUAAGAGACUGAAAACGGGGGCGGCGGGGCGGGUUAGGGGAAUUUCAUUUCUCAUUGGUUUCCACCUUUGUCCAGGGGUCAAAAAAAUAUAACUCCAUGUUCACCCUGGAUAUGAAGAACUGGAAGACGUGCGCUAGGAUCAGGAACUUGGGCAACUGCUAAGGGAGGGCGGGGUAGAAAGCGAGUAAGGUUGGGUUAGAGACAGAGAGGAGGUGGUGGACACGCCCUUAUCAGGGCUUCGGCCAAAAAGCUUAGAAGCCGAGUUCUUUCUCUGUAGAGCCAGAGAACUUCUCAAGGCAGCACGAAUCCUCAGAGGAGCAGAAGUGUAGUAAGGGAAGCCGCGGGCAGGAUGGAGCCGGGUCGAGGCGCUUCCUGCUUGACGUACUUAACACCCGAGUCUCCUAGUUCACAGAUACUUAGGAUGGAGAUCGAGGAAAGCAGAACCUCUCUGUCCCGUAAAGGGCGGGUCCCUCUGUUUCCAGAUGUCAAACUGUACCUCAGGCGAGUCCCAGGGGUCCGGCUGCGGAAUUCCUAGGUGAUUGUGAACCUUCUUCGGGGAGUCUCGCGUUAGGGUGCUCUCGGUGCAGAGGGGAGAGGGAGACCCACGGGACAGCCUGAAGGCCCUGCUCCAGUCGGCUGGUUCUCCAGACCACGCCGCCCACGCCCACCCCGGGUGCAGCUCUGCUCAGGGGCCGCCGGGCUCGGAGUCGCUGGCCACUCUCCAAACCCACUCUGCGCGCGGACACUCGCCAUGCCCUCGGAUUCCCAGCCCUAUGACAGCCCGCUCCCCUGGGAACAGCGAGGCAAGGCAGGAGGGACUGGCGCAGGGACUAAGGUGGAGGAGUUGGACUCCUGAGGGGGCCCACUUUUUUCUCCACUGGAAAAGAGACCCAGGAGGACUCAAAGGCGAGGCGCCAGAGGGGUGGGAGCUGCGGCCCAAUGAGGGACCAGAGUAGGGCGAACUGGACUCCUCUCUGCCCUCCCCAUCACGCAAGGCCCCCUUCCACGCCCUCACUCGCCGCGUCCACCCCGAGCCCAGGGCGCGCUUGCGUCCCCGCGGGGGAGCCGGGAUGCCGAGCGCUAUGGAAGCAGCUAACCUCUCGGUGGCCUCCACCGGCGUCGCCCUUCGCCUGGGACCCGAAGCCUUCAGCAGUAGCCCAAACCCAAGCGGGGUCGUCGGAUCCACCCCAGGUGGUGCGGCCCCGCCGGGUCGAGAACCGCCUUUCUCCGUCUUCUCGGUGCUGGUAGUGACGCUGUUGGUGCUGCUGAUAGCGGCCACGUUCCUGUGGAACCUGCUGGUUCUGGUCACCAUCCUGCGGGUCCGCGCCUUUCACCGUGUGCCGCAUAACUUGGUGGCCUCGACGGCCGUGUCGGACGUGCUAGUGGCAGCGCUGGUAAUGCCCCUGAGCCUGGUGAGCGAGCUGUCGGCGGGGCGACGGUGGCUGCUGGGCCGGAGUCUAUGCCACGUGUGGAUCUCCUUCGACGUGAUGUGCUGCACAGCCAGCAUUUGGAACGUGGCGGCCAUCGCCCUGGACCGCUACUGGACUAUCACGCGCCACCUGCAGUACACGCUGCGCACCCGCCGCCGCGCCUCGAUGCUCAUGAUCGCGCUCACCUGGGCGCUCUCCGCUCUCAUCGCCCUCGCACCACUGCUCUUCGGCUGGGGCGAGGCGUACGACGCUAGACUCCAGCGCUGCCAGGUGAGCCAGGAACCCUCCUACGCCGUCUUCUCCACCUGCGGCGCCUUCUACCUGCCGCUUGGCGUGGUGCUGUUUGUCUAUUGGAAGAUAUAUAAGGCGGCCAAGUUUCGCUUCGGUCGCCGCUGCAGGGCUGUGCUGCCCUUGCCCUCCACCGUGCAGGUAAAGGAGGCCCCUCAGGAGGCUGAGAUGGUGUUCACGGCCCGCCGCCCCACGGUGGCCUUCCAGACAAGCGGAGCCUCGUGGCGGGAGCAGAAGGAGAAGCGGGCAGCCGUGAUGGUGGGCAUCCUCAUCGGCGUGUUCGUGCUGUGUUGGAUCCCCUUCUUCCUGGCCGAGCUCAUCGGCCCCCUCUGUGCCUGCAGCCUGCCCCCUAUCUGGAAAAGCGUGUUCCUGUGGCUUGGCUACUCCAACUCUUUCUUCAAUCCCCUGAUUUACACAGCUUUUAACAAGAACUACAACAAUGCCUUCAAGAACCUUUUCACCAAGCAGAGAUAA